AUGAUUUGCAGAGAUCUGAUUAACGCCGCCGCCCUACUGGGGCUCGCGACAGCUUACGCCAUUCCUUCGACUGAUGGCUUUCCCAACCCCGACAACCAGCAGCUCAUGCAGAUACAGACGACAGCAGGCGGUUCACUGUCAAACUCAAAGCCUCCGAUAGAGCUGAGCGAAGAUGGCGUAGCAAAUUUCCAGCUCAUUGCAUUCAAUGAGCAGUUUGAAGUAGCAUUUUUCUCGUCAUUGAUAGACAAUAUUACCAACAAUGUGGAGGGGUAUCAAUCAGCUCCAGGAAUGAGCGAUACUGCAGAGAUACUCGAGAUACUACAAACAGUCAAAGCGCAAGAAGAGCUUCACGUGAUAAGUGCGCUCGAAGUAUUGAAUCACUUCAAUGCAACACUCAUACCGGCUCCCUGCGAGUACAAAUUCCCCUCUGUCGAUCUGGAAUCGGCCUUGUCAUUAGCCGUCACCUUUUCCAGCGUCGUUCUGGGCACGCUCGCCAGCGCAGAAAAGUCCUUUGCCGACAAUGGCGACGCCAGCGGCAUCAUUCGCCAAGUCGCCUCCAUCAUUGGCCAAGAGGGCGAGCAGAACGGCUUUUACCGCUUCAUGCUCAAGCGCAGCCCGUCCGAGAAGCCGUUUCUAACAACUAAUACGGGCCCGUUUGCCUUUUCCGCGCUGCAGCAGUUCAUCGUGUCGUGUCCGUUUGACAUAUCGGCGAUUCCUAUUCCCACUUUUCCAGUGCUCGAAGUCAUGACGACGCCCGAGGCCAAGGACAUGACGCUCAAGUUUUCGGCCGAUCUCAGCAGUGCCGGGAUCAAAGUUGGCAGUAUCUCGGAGGAGAAUCUGUUCAUCACAUACCUCACGGGGCAACAACUGCCCAUCUCGGUGCCCAUUUCCAAUGUUCAGGGCUUUGGAGAUACCAUUACGUUUGAUGCUGAAUUUCCCUACACGGAAAAUGUUAUGGACGGUCUGAGCAUUGCGGCACUGACAAAGGCGUCCAACUUUGCUGACGCGGAUGACAUUGCAGCAGAGACAUUGGCAGCGCCGGGGUUAAUCCAGGUCAACAAAAUGUUGGCAAAAUAG